AUGACAAUGUACAAGAAGCUGCUACUUGUGCUACUCCUGAUCGGUAAAGCGUGUGCGGACGACUGUAAUGAUGACUGUGCUCCCGUUUCAUGUUUACCUCAUUGGUGGCGUAUUACAACAGCACCUCAGCUAGUUGUCGCCUCAGUUCUUGUCUUCUUUGCUACGUUCUUGCCUCGUGUAUUUGUCCGUUUACUUAUUUUUGUACUGCCAAAGCUGCCAUUCAUGCACCAAGUGGCCGAGGACUUUCGUGAGUCGUGUGUGGGUUCCACGUCGUAUUUUAUCUCCAUGUCGCUAGUGCUCUUAGCACUCACAGUAUCGGAGCUAAGCAAGUUUUUCUGUCAUUUACCUACUUAUGUUUGGGGUGUAUUCUUCUUAUACUGGCUCUACUCGCUGUUUAAUGUCGUUCAAAGUUUUGCUGUACGUCGAUUUGUUGGUGCCAAUGGAGACUUUUCCAAGAAGAUGGUUAUCUCGGAGUCUGUCAAGAUUCUUCGACUUACGACGCUGUUAGUCAUUGCCCUUAUCAUCUAUUCGUCUGCGCUGGGUAACAGUGCUACCCUUAAGUACUCCGUAUUAGGCGUGAUUGGGCUGGCCAUUGCCCUGGGCUUUGUGCCAUCCUUUCACAAUGUUGUGGGAGGUCUUUUCCUCGCGUUUAACUCACAGUUCAAGAUUGAUGAUUUUAUUCGCGUUGGAGACGCAGAAGGAUUUGUUCAUCGCGUGUCGCUGCGCUACACGACAGUGGUGAGCCUUGAGGGAACAACUCUGUACGUUCCUAACAGCUUUUUUCUUUACAAACCCAUGAUCAAUUUCUCGCAACGCCCUAAACGAGACGUAGAUUUGCGCGUUCGAGUUUCGCCCAGCACAACGGUCGAGACAUUGCGACAGGCCCUUUGUCGUCUUGAAAGUAUGUUGCAAUCGCUGCAUGUCGGGCUUACUUCCCACGAAGAGAAUCAAUCGGACUUGCGGCAUGGUGAAAAGUGGGAACGGUCUUUCUUUGUCGCGAUGGAAGAGCUUUACACCAUACGCGUUUACUCAUACACUGAAGAGCUAGAUGCGCGAAAGUAUGCCAUGCUAAAAUCUGAAGUCUGGCUUGCAGUGACAGAAAUCAUGGAGGAGAUGGGCAUUCGUGUGUUAAGCAACAACGGCCAGGAUAACCCUUUUGCCGAGUCGCCGCAUGUCUUGAAGCACUCGAGUAGCAAUACCAGUAGCAUUGCAGAUGAUAGUAGCGUAAGAGAUCCGUUCACAAGCGAAAUUGGUGCUGUAGUGGGGGUACAGCCAAACAGUAACGGAAUCAAAGGCCCACGCACACAGCUCUGA